AUGGCUCGUACCGUCGACCCCUACUUGACAGGACCGGAUCUGGUCGUUUCUAAGAACCUUCUCCAAGACUUGCAAGCAUUAGCAACACCUGCAGGUCAGGAUCCUGCUGAUGACGAAAAGGAUAUUAAGCAUUUGCUUGCUAUUAAUGACCCAAAGAGCCCGGACUUCGUGCCAACUGUCUUUACAACAUGGGACGACAAGGAUCUCAACCCUACCAUCAAAAAAUACCUGGUCAAACCUUACACCAAGAUUGCUAUGGGAAUUGUGCGUCAUCCGACUGAUGUUGUCUUCUUGACGCAUAUCAUCUUGUACUUGACGGUCAAUCUGGCAAGCGCCGCUUAUCUCUACUACGACUUCCACUGGUAUCAUGGUGUGAUUCACACGGUGUACACCGUUUGGUGUGCCGGUGCUUUUACUCUGCUCAUGCACAACCAUAUUCACAAUGGAGGUGUUCUCAAGAAGGAGUACGCAUGGUUCGAUCUGAGCUUCCCUUAUCUGCUGGAGCCACUGAUGGGCCACACCUGGGAUUCAUACUACUAUCAUCAUGUCAAGCACCACCAUGUAGAGGGCAAUGGACCGGACGAUCUUUCCUCGACGAUUCGCUACCAGCGCGAUUCACCAUUCGACUUUGCAUGCUACGUUGGACGGUUCCUUCUAUUCGUUUGGGCUGAGCUGCCUCUUUACUUCCUCCGCAAGGGCAAGUCGAGAUUGGCACUCCAGUCUUGUGUGUCAGAGAUGGCCAACUAUGCUUUCUUCUACUUCAUGGCGGCCAAAGUCAACUUCAGCGCAUCCAUGUUCGUUCUGUUGUUGCCUUUCGGUAUCAUGCGCAUUGGACUCAUGGUCGGAAAUUGGGGCCAGCAUGCUCUUGUCGAUGAGGUGGACCCUGAUUCAGACUUCAGAAGCAGCAUCACCCUCAUCGAUGUUCCCAGCAACCGCUUCUGCUUCAACGAUGGCUACCACACUGCUCAUCACCUUAAUCCUCGCCGCCAUUGGAGAGACGCUCCUGUCCACUUCCUUCAAAGCAAGGAGGCGUACAGCAGCGGUCGAGCACUUGUAUUCCACAAUAUCGACUACUUGAUGCUGACCGUCAGAGUGCUCAAGAAGCAAUAUCUCUACCUGGCCGAAAAUUGCUUGAUCCCAAUUGGUGAACAAACAAAAAUGUCAAAGCAAGAGCUCGCAGAUAUGUUGCGUACGAAGACAAAGGCUUUCACCGAGGAAGAUAUCAGGCAGAAGUUUGGCAUCAAGGCUAGAUCGGGCAGGAAGAGUGGAUGGCAGAGUUGGAUGGAGAAGGUUGUUGGCGGUUUGUCUGGUUCGGUCUCAGCUCCUAUGAAAGAGGCCACUGAGUAG